UAGGCUACCCAAAUUUGUCAGUUUAGCUAUGGCCUGUUUGGAAAUGAAGCUCCAUACAGUACUCUUAGUUUUUGUUCUAAGUUUAUACAAUUUUCUUGACAAAUGCCAUUGCACAGAGGUCUCUGAUGGCAAGGUCCUCUCCAUCACAGCCACAACACCAGAGCAGCUUGACAUCCUCAGAAACAUAUCAUCACAGUAUGAGACGGUUUUGUGGCAGCCGGCCUCCCCUUUCCACAUCAUGGCAGACUCUGAGGUGCACCUGUACGUUCCUCAAGAGAGUCUUCUCAAUGUGACAACGCUGCUCCAAGCCCACGAGCUAACCUACAGCUCCAUGGUGGACAGCACACAGUCUCUUAUUGAAAUGCAGACCAGAGAUGAUCCACAAGACCCCAAAUCAAUGGGAAAGUUCUUCGAGAGAUACCAUCCUUUGGAAGAGAUUUACUUUUGGAUCAACAAGACAUCAUUUGAUCAUUCGGACAUGGUCAAGGUGGAUCUUAUUGGGUCGUCUUUUGAAAAGCGACCACUUUAUGUUUUGAAGGUAUCUAGCAGAGUAAAUAGUGCAACACCAAAAAGUGCAAUAUGGGUCGACUGUGGCAUCCACGCCAGGGAGUGGAUCGCUCCAGCAUUUUGCAUGUGGCUUGUGGACCAUUGCAUAACACAGUAUGGUGUAAAUCGUGAUAUCACAGAGAUCUUGAAUGCCAUGGACAUCUAUGUUCUUCCAGUGAUGAACCCAGACGGCUAUGACUACACCUGGACCACAAAACGAAUGUGGAGAAAGAAUCGAGCCACACACCCCAACAGCGGCUGCGUUGGAGUUGAUUUAAACAGAAAUUUCGAUGCAAACUGGUGUACCUCAGGGGCUAGCAGCAACCCCUGUGAUGACACCUACUGCGGCCAGUUCCCCGAGUCAGAACCCGAAUCUCAGGCGGUGGCCAACUUCCUGCGUAGCAACAAGGAGAUGGUGAAGGUCUACUUCUCCAUCCACUCCUACUCUCAGAUGCUGCUCUUCCCAUACUCCUGCUCCUACCAGCAGGCACGCAACCACCAAGAGCUGAAUGAAAUGGCCCGGGAUGCAGCCAAAGACAUCCAGAGAUACUACAGGAACCAAUACAAAUAUGGACCUGGAUCACAAACUAUUUAUCUAGCCCCAGGAGGCUCAGAUGACUGGGCCUACAACCUGGGGAUUGACUACUCCUUCACUUUUGAGUUACAGGACCGCGGCAGAUAUGGCUUUCUCCUGCCCCCAAGUUACAUUGCCAAGGCAUGCAAAGAAGGCCUUCAGGCGCUCAAGAGCAUUUCCCUCAAGGUUAUCCAGAGGUCACAAUGAGUUUAUGUUCAGAACAUUAAAUGGAGAUUUAAUGACAUGUAAUCUGUCAUGUCCAGCUCAGUGUGUAAAAUGUGUGUUUGUAUUCAUUCCAAACAGUACAUGUGUCAUAUAAUCACCUAGGGCCUCAUGUACAAUGACCUCCGUAGAUUUCCUACUGAACCUUUUCGUAGGGCCUAAGUGAAAAUCUGAAAAAGAUACAUCGCACCUAAAAUUUCAAACGUUGUCAGUUCAUGCACAAGGUUUUCAUAGUGAUUCAUGUGGUUCGCCCGAUUUCACAUUAAAUCUAGGACACAUGCACUUUUUCAUGUUUAGAAGGUGUACAUCUGAAUGUUUGUGUGGAAAAAAUACUUAGGCUAUGGAGAUUUUUUUGUGCGUAAGCAGGUUUUGUAUUGUAUUUGGCCCCUGGCAUGAGUCCUCCAUCUUCAAAUUCUUAUUGUUGGGUUUUCAACAUAAAUUGUAGGCCAAAGCCCAGGCUGCAAUUAUGGUUUUCACAAAUUACAUGUAAUAAGUGGUUUGCAGAGGUGAAGCUCCUGACAAAGAAAAAGAAAAUGUAUAUGGACAAUUAGUUGUAGACUUUCAUGGACUGUCUGCCUGCUGUCACUGUGUAUUCAAAUAAAAAAAAUAAUUGGUUGUGUUGGAGUUUAUUUAAUAAAAACAUGUAGUAUGUAUUAUGAAUAAAUGUGCAAUAAGUAAAUAAAAUCAUGUAUCCCCUUGA